CAGACCUGUGUGUGCUUCCGGGUGAACGUGCACACGCUGAAGUGUCAGACCCGUGUCUGUGGUUCCUCUGACCUGAGCUCACUGGUUUUACACUUCACUGGUUUCCAGUCUAACGUCUCUCGCUCCUCGUUUGCUGUCGUCCAGUUUGAAUUCGUGUAAAAAAAUGGUUUUUUACUUCACGAGCGCCGCGGUGGAGCCUCCUCACACAAUCUACAUGGGGAAGGACAAGUAUGAGAAUGAGGAUCUUAUCAAGUAUGGCUGGCCUGAAGACAUCUGGUUUCAUGUGGACAAGCUGUCUUCGGCUCACGUUUACUUGAGGUUGCCAAAGGGUGGGACCAUAGAUAAUAUUCCUCCGGAGGUGCUGAUAGACUGUGCACAGCUGGUGAAAAACAACAGCAUCCAAGGCUGUAAGAUGAACAACAUCAACGUGGUUUACACACCGUGGGCCAACCUGAAGAAAACCGGAGACAUGGACGUGGGACAGAUCGGAUUCCAUCUCCAGAAAGCGGUGAAGAUCGUGGCGGUGGAGAAGAAGGUCAAUGAGAUCGUUAACCGUUUGGACAAAACAAAAGAUGAGCGAUACCCUGACCUGGCGGCAGAGAAAGAGUCGAGAGACAGAGAGGAGAGGAACGAAAAGAAAGCUGUGAUCCAAGAUCAGAAGAAGAGAGAGAAGGAAGAGCAGAAGAUGAGAAAAGAGAUGGAUGAUCUCAGGAAUUAUACAACACUGAUGAAGAGUGAAAAUAUGAAGAGUAAUGAGGACGGUAACGAUUCCGAUGACUUCAUGUAAGACGUGAGCACGAGGCAGCGAGCAGACGGACUCCGCUGCCCCGCUCAGGUCUGCUGUCAGGACACACCCUCGCUGCUUUUGCUUGCUCUUACUCUGCAUUGACGUUUGCGGGCAGGAAUUUACAAAAAGAGACAUUUGGAUACCUUGAACUUUUGGCCACUUGGAGCAGAAAGCGAGCCAGUGAGGGGAGAGAUGGCGUCCGGGACCGACUCCGCCCCCGCAGACUGGUUCAGAUGCUGCUUCCAAACCAAGCUGGCCGACCUCUUCAUCACAGGAGGAACAGGAAUAACGAGGGUCGUUCUGAGAGAAACACUCAAACAGCUGAACAGUGUGUGAUUGGGUUUCCAUGUCGACUGAUGUGGAUGUUUGAUAAAAGUGGUAAAGUCUGUACGGCUGAUUUAAAAACCCUGCAAACCUGAAGAUGACAAACCCGUCUGUUCACUUUCUUCAUGUCUCUGCCUGUCAGAUUUUAUUCAAUUCAAUGUAUGAAUUAAACUCCGUUAAUCACU